AUGGCAACGAGCCCGACGAAUGAGAAGCCUGCGAACAAGAGGAAUGUUCCGGAAGAGCCCAGGUGUUCAGUGAGUGUCAAGAAUGUCUCACUGACUAUCAGAUUCGAACUCCAGUUAGACACAGCUGCAAUCCCUCCACCGAGUCCUCUGUACUUUAGUGGAUAUAUCUCGGAGUUGACUAUCCAUGGGGCAGUCCCCAUGCCAGGAGCAUACAUAAUGAUAUACAAACCAAGGAAAACCACUGCCAGAAACCCGAUUCUGCUCGGGCAGCCUUCCGUGUACCAUGUUCUUUUUUCUGCCCGACAUGUCCCUCUCACUACAUUGUCGAGUGCUAGGCAUGCUCCCGGAAAUUAUCCCAAUCAUGGAGAUUAUCAUGAGCCGUCUCCUUCCAUACCUGUCGACAAAGCACAUGCUGACAACUGUCCCGAGGGCGUUAAGGCCGGAGGUUACAAGAGAGAGAGCCAUGGCUGUCUUGUUGGAUGCAAAACCGGCAAACUGCAUGAUGGUUGGGCUGUAGUACAUAACUGUGUUGAUGCCCACGAAUUGUUGUGCCACCUGGACUGUGAUGCCCGCGUAAAGGGCACGUCUCACCACGUCGUUCUUCCACGCGCUCCCGAUUUGGCUGAAGAAACCCGUCUCGUUUGCCCCUUCGCGCUUUUCUUGCUCCACCGAGUCAUGCAGGGACUGGACCUCGACCUCGACUUCCUCGGCUGGGUAGAUUUUCUCGAGGAUGGACCUUGCCUCGUCCUCUUUGCCCUGAUCAUGAAAUAUAUUUAG